AGAAGACACGUGGGCCCGAAUGUUGUAGGGGAUUGUUGGUAGACUGCGCCGGUAUUUCUCACGCCAAAUUUGAUAUAUUGUUCCACUUCACCGGCAGUUUGUGGGACCAACAUUACAUUUAAUAAUGACGGAUCAACGAAUACAAACUUGGUACUGAUUUGUUGACUUUGCUAUGGUAUCUUUCAAGAGAACCACAAAACCAUUGGUCGAGUAGGCGGGCCUUCUGAGUGGCUGUGGCAUAGACAGUGAGUGUUUUUGUUUCCAGAGAGGGAGUGAGAGAGCUGCUUUGAAAAUGGCGGUGUCUCGUCGCUCAUCACAGCAACAACCGCAGGGCAGUUUACAAUCUCCCCCACGAAACGGUUCUCUUUCAGUAAAUCCUCCGGGCUCUCCUACGAUUGAUCUUGUGACUGCGACGGUAGUGCCGGAUGGUGAGCGUGGAUGCAGCGCAGGCAUGGAAAAUCCUUUGGCCUCGCCAGAUCUUCCAGCCCCGGCCUUCAGUAGUGGGAGCAGCACAAGCCCCACCACAACAACCUCGGGUGGGGGGAGUAGUAGUGUCUCGAGCCCCGGUUCAGGAGGCACGAGCCCUGGCGACGGUUGUACCGGAAUCGGUGGAGCUUUCAGAGAGCUAUUUGAGGCCUGUCGGAGUGGAGAUGUAUCCCGGGUUAAAAGACUUGUGGACUCGGUGAAUGUGAAUGCAAAGGACAUGGCCGGGCGAAAAUCAACUCCUCUUCAUUUCGCUGCAGGUUUUGGCCGAAAGGAUGUGGUUGAGCAUCUCUUACAGACUGGAGCUAACGUGCACGCCAGAGAUGACGGUGGUCUCAUCCCCCUGCACAACGCCUGCUCCUUUGGCCACGCCGAGGUGGUGAGUCUGCUGCUGUGCCAAGGUGCGGACCCUAAUGCCCGGGACAACUGGAAUUACACACCCCUGCAUGAGGCAGCCAUCAAGGGAAAGAUUGACGUGUGCAUUGUGCUCCUACAGCAUGGUGCUGAUCCCAACAUCCGUAAUACAGACGGUAAGUCUGCUCUGGAUUUGGCUGACCCCUCUGCCAAGGCUGUGCUCAUCGGUGAGUACAAGAAGGAUGAACUCCUGGAAGCAGCCAGGAGUGGCAACGAAGAGAAACUGAUGGCACUACUGACUCCGUUAAAUGUGAACUGUCAUGCCAGUGAUGGCCGCAAGUCAACAUCCCAAAAAAUGCUGUCUACCCCAUUGCACCUGGCGGCUGGCUACAACCGUGUCCGCAUAGUUCAGCUACUUCUGCAGCACGGGGCAGAUGUCCAUGCCAAGGACAAAGGUGGCCUGGUCCCUCUUCACAAUGCCUGCUCCUAUGGACAUUUUGAAGUCACUGAGCUUCUUCUCAAGCACGGAGCGUGUGUGAAUGCCAUGGACCUGUGGCAGUUUACCCCUCUCCACGAAGCUGCAUCUAAGAACCGUGUGGAGGUGUGUUCUCUGCUGUUGAGCCACGGGGCAGACCCCAACCUGCUCAACUGCCACAGCAAGAGUGCCGUGGAUAUGGCGCCGACCCCUGAACUUAAAGAGAGGCUCAGCUAUGAGUUUAAAGGUCAUUCGCUGCUCCAGGCUGCUCGGGAAGCAGACAUGGCCAAGGUGAAGAAGACCCUGGCUCUGGAGAUCAUCAGCUUUAAACACCCACAGACCAACGAGACAGCCCUGCAUUGUGUGGUUGCCUCGCCUCACCCCAAGCGGAAGCAGGUUACAGAGCUGCUGCUACGUAAAGGUGCCAACAUCAAUGAGAAAAACAAAGACUUCAUGACGGCCCUGCAUAUAGCAGCUGAGAGAGCACACAAUGACAUCCUGGAGGUUCUGCAGAAACAUGGGGCCAAGGUGAAUGCGGUGGACAACCUGGGGCAGACAGCCCUCCACAGGGCAGCCCUGGCGGGUCACAUUCAGACAUGCAGGCUGCUUCUUAGCUACGGGGCCGACUCGGCCAUUGUCUCCCUACAGGGCUUCACUGCCUCACAGAUGGGCAAUGAGGCUGUGCAGCAGAUUCUCAAUGAAAAUGUCCCAACUCGAAACUCCGAUGUUGAUUAUCGGUUUCUGGAAGCUGCUAAAGCUGGAGAUUUGGAAACUGUGCAGCAACUGUGCACUCCUCAGAACGUGAACUGUCGUGACCUGGAGGGUCGUCAUUCCACCCCUCUGCACUUUGCUGCAGGCUAUAAUCGUGUGGCUGUAGUGGAGUACCUGCUACAUCAUGGAGCUGAUGUUCAUGCUAAAGACAAAGGUGGCCUAGUGCCCCUCCACAAUGCCUGCUCGUAUGGUCACUAUGAGGUAGCGGAGUUGUUGGUGAGACACGGGGCAUCGGUCAAUGUAGCUGACCUCUGGAAAUUCACUCCUCUCCACGAGGCGGCCGCUAAGGGCAAAUACGAGAUCUGCAAAUUGCUGCUUAAGCAUGGAGCAGACCCCACCAAGAAGAACCGUGACGGUAACAUGCCUCUGGACAUGGUGAAAGAUGGAGACACUGACAUUCAGGAUCUGCUAAGAGGAGACGCUGCACUACUGGAUGCUGCUAAGAAGGGCUGUCUGGCCCGUGUCCAGAAACUCUGUAGCCCGGAGAACAUUAACUGUAGAGACACACAGGGACGCAACUCCACCCCCCUUCACCUUGCAGCGGGUUACAACAACCUGGAGGUGGCUGAGUAUCUCCUGGAGCAUGGGGCUGACGUCAACGCGCAGGACAAAGGAGGCCUCAUCCCCUUGCACAACGCUGCCUCCUAUGGACACGUGGACAUUGCUGCCCUCCUGAUCAAGUUCAACACGUGUGUUAAUGCUACAGAUAAGUGGGCCUUCACUCCCCUCCAUGAGGCAGCUCAGAAGGGCCGUACCCAGCUUUGUGCCCUGCUGCUGGCCCAUGGAGCUGACCCCACCAUGAAGAACCAGGAGGGACAGACAGCACUGGACCUUGCCACGGCUGAUGACAUCCGUGCCCUGUUGAUGGAUGCCAUGCCCCCAGAUGCCCUGCCUAGCUGUUUCAAGCCUCAGGCCACGGUGGUCAGUGCCGGCUCUGUCAUCUCACCGGCCUCCACACCAUCCUGCCUGUCUGCAGCCAGCAGCAUCGACAACCUGGCCGGGCCCAUCAAUGAGCUGGGGGCCACAGGGACUUCUGGGGUGGCUGACGGGGCCACAGGCUCCGACAGAAAAGAGGGAGAAUUGGCAAUGUUGGACAUGAACAUCAGUCAGUUCCUGAAAAGUUUGGGUCUGGAGCAUCUGAGGGACAUAUUUGAGAGAGAACAGAUCUCUCUCGAUGUGCUGGCUGACAUGGGUCACGAGGAGCUGAAAGAGAUUGGGAUCAACGCCUAUGGCCACCGACACAAACUCAUCAAGGGAGUGGAGAGGCUUCUGGGGGGGCAACAAGGUGCCAACCCAUACCUGACAUUCCACUGUGCAAACCAGGGCACAGUCCUCAUCGACCUAGCCCCUGACGACAAGGAGUGUCAAUCAGUGGAGGAGGAGAUGCAAAGUACCAUUAGAGAACACAGAGAUGGAGGCAAUGCAGGAGGGGUGUUCAGCAGAUACAACAUCAUCAAGAUCCAGAAGGUGGUCAACAAGAAGCUACGCGAGCGAUACACACACCGCCAGAAGGAGAUUGCAGAUGAGAACCACAACCACCACAAUGAGCGCAUGCUCUUCCAUGGUUCUCCAGGUUCUCCGUUCAUAAAUGCCAUCAUUCACAAAGGCUUUGACGAGCGGCAUGCGUACAUUGGUGGGAUGUUCGGUGCAGGGAUUUACUUUGCUGAGAACUCCUCUAAGAGUAACCAGUAUGUCUAUGGCAUUGGGGGUGGCACUGGAUGCCCAACUCACAAAGAUCGCUCCUGUUACCUGUGCCACAGGCAGAUGUUAUUCUGCCGUGUAACCCUGGGGAAGUCCUUUCUCCAGUUCAGUGCCAUGAAAAUGGCCCAUGCCCCACCUGGGCACCACUCUGUGAUUGGCCGGCCCAGCGUCAAUGGCCUGGCAUAUGCCGAGUAUGUCAUCUACAGAGGGGAGCAGGCAUACCCAGAGUAUCUCAUCACCUAUCAGAUCCUUAAGCCCGAGAGCACAGCUACAUCAGCUGCAGGAGCAGAGCAGAAAACCUAGUUCUGCACCACCAGACCAGUUGUACACAAACAGUUGCUGAACACAGUCCUCCUGAUCCACAACACACGACUGAGGAUUUAUUUGGUGUUUAUUUCUCUCUGCUUUGUUGUUGUUAAUUGCAAUGCCUUCAUUUUCAUCGCAGACUGAGUUCAAAUGACAUUCUUCUUGUCCAGUAGAGUUAAUAGUAGACUGGUCAGACAGCAUAUGAAAUAUCAUGUAAUAUAUGAUUAUAUUACUCGUGGUGAUACUCUUUCUGUUUCCUUUGCAUUGGCUGCAUGUAUAGACCGACGCAUGUAUGGCCCAAAAGCUUGUGUGGGUUACCCACUAGCUAUCCAUGGAGAGGAGGGCUGUAGAGAUUCACCCUCGUCUGCCCCACAGUGUCAGAAUAUUAACAGUUUGCUACCGUUCUCACUUCAUCAUGCCUUGUAACAUGGAGAAUCACCUUUCUUCCAUCCUCACAUAGCUACAUAAUGAAUAGCCACAUAAUGGCUCAUGACAUUUGUGAUCUAUAAUAAUACACAGGACACUAGUAACCACCAUAUGGUUAGCACAACUUUAUUUAUAGGAUUACUUUUCAUGGACUCGUUUGAAUGACCUUAAAUGCCUGAGGGGCAUAUUCCAGAUAAAGCAGGACAUCAGGAUAAUUGAAGAACACAGAUGAAUGGGAAAUUAACAGUCAUCUACUCAGAAAUUAUUUGUUGCACAAGAAAAGAUGUGAACUCCACAACUGAUUGCCAUGGUCUUAUUCAUGGACUUAUUCAAAUCCAUGUGUUAGGAUUUGCACUUUUAAAUAGAAAACUAUUUAAGUUAUUUGACAUGAAUUGCAAAUGUUAUGGGAUUUUUGUUAUGUACAGGUUGUGUAAAUGGACGUGUAAACUGUCGAUGUUUAACAAUGUUAUGAGUUUUAUUGUAAAUGAAGUCUAAAUUCCUUUCUUGCCUUCUUGAUUCUCUCUACUUUUUUGAAUAAACGUUGUCCACGUAAGUGCA